ACCAAAAUUAGUACUUUUCUUUGGCUUCUACUUUCAUUGCUACGUUAUGGCAAGAAAUGAAGAAGAAAAGCUUCUUCACAUAGUGAUGUUCCCAUGGCUAGCCUUUGGUCACAUACUCCCAUACCUUGAGUUGGCCAAACUCAUAGCUCAAAGGGGUCACCGCGUUAGUUUCGUAUCCACCCCAAGGAACAUACAACGCCUUUCCAAACUCCCACCAAACUUAGCUCCUCUCAUCAAAUUCGUGAAUCUUCCACUGCCCAAAGUAGAAAACCUCCCAGAAAAUGCAGAGGCCACAACCGAUGUUCCAUACGACGUCGUUCCAUUCCUAAAACAAGCCUACGAUGGCCUCCAAGAGCCGUUGACCCGUUUUCUCGAAUCUUCCAAAGCUGAUUGGAUGUUCAACGACUUCGCUGCCUUCUGGGCGGGCUCUGUGGCUUCCAGAAUGGGUAUAAAGAGCGUGUUUUACAGCAUUUUUACUGCUCCUUGUAUGGGAUUCAUGGGAUCCCCUUCGCACAUCUUGGGUGCUGAGCCAUAUUCCCGAACAAAACUUGAAGACUUCACCUUUCCUCCGCCAUGGGUCCCUUUUCCGACCACCGUUGCAUGUCAUUUAUUUGAAAUGAAGCGGUCUUUCGACUCAGUCUCCCCCAAUGCCUCGGGUGUUGCAGACAUGGACAGGUACGCUAUAAGUAUCCAAAACUGUGAUUUCCUGGUAGUUAGAGGGUGCACCAAGUUCGAGCCGGAGUGGUUUCAAGUGCUGGAGAACAUUUACCAGAAACCGGUUCUCCCAGUUGGUCAAUUACCCAGCACAGGGUUUGACGACGGCGACAAGAAUGACACGUGGCAGUGUAUGAAAGAUUGGUUUAACAAACAAGCGCGGGGCAGUGUGGUGUACGUGGCGUUUGGAAGUGAAAUGAAACCGAAUCAAGCAGAAGUCAAUGAGAUAGCUCUUGGGUUGGAGAAAUCGAAGCUUCCAUUUUUCUGGACUUUGAGGCUUCAACGUGGCCCUUGCGACCCAGAUGUGCUGCGGUUACCGGAAGGGUUCGAGGAGCGAACCCAAGGGCGUGGAGUGGUGUGCACCACCUGGGCCCCACAACUGAAAAUAUUGAGCCACGUGGCUGUUGGUGGAUUCUUGACUCACGCCGGUUGUUCCUCUGUUGUGGAGGCUGUUCAGACAGAGAAGCCGUUGAUUCUCUUAACGUUUCUUGCGGACCAUGGAUUGAACGCAAGGGUACUAGAGGAGAAGAAGAUGGGGUACACGGUGCCCAGGAACGAGCGAGAUGGAUCGUUCACGAGUGACACGGUCGCUGACUCGGUGAGGCUGGUUAUGGUUGAAGAAGAGGGAAGGAUCUAUAGGGAAAAGAUUAAAGAGGUGAAGGAUUUAUUUGUCAAUAAGGAAAGACAAGAAAGGUAUAUUGAUGAGUUGUUGUACUACCUUGGAACCCUGUCGAAAUGAUAAUCUCGUUGAUGAUUUGGUUCUCAGAAUCUACUAAAAUAUUGUCUUGUU